AUGACCAUUUCUGCCGGAGAGACUUUUGAGCCCGAUGAGCCAUACACCCACUACGACUGCGGCUCCGGUGCUUGCAACGGCCAAACCGAAGGAGGCGAUUCCGAUGCUGUCUUCCUCUUGGAGGAAGGCGCGACUCUGAGUCGUGUUGUUAUCGGAGCCAAUCAAGCCGAAGGACAGGACACAGGAUCGUGCACUUUGUCGCAUGUCUGGUUUGAGGACGUGUGUGAAAAUGCCAUUACCAUCAAGCAGACGAGCGGGACAUCCAGAAUAAACUAUGGUGGCGCUAAGGGUGUUGACGAUAAAGGUGGAGGCACGGUUAUUAUCAACUCCUUCUACGUUGAAGACUUCGGAAAGCUCUACCGUAGUUGUGGUAACUGUGACACACAAUACGAAAGGCACGUCCAGAUUAAUGAUGUGUGGGCUGUCGAUGGCGAUGUCCUUGCUGGUAUCAAUUCGAACUACGGAGACACUGCGACGAUCCGCACCACCCAAGUUGAUAAUGUCGACACGAUCUGCGAGAGGUAUGAGGGCAAUGACGAUGGCGAUGAACCUGAGGAGCUUGGUUCUGGUCCUGACAGCAAAUAUUGCCUCUACUCGGAUGAUGAUAUAACGGAGCUCUGAGUCCUUCAUCUUGCCACUGGUUCAGGUUCUAUAUUUUGUAAACACAAUGAAAUAUAACUUUUCUCUGUUGUGUGCUCUGUAUCAUCAUGUAAAUAAGCCUAGUUUUUAAAUGCUUCUAGACAGACGGGCAGCUAUGAGAUAUUGUUUGCCGAUUCUGUUUGCUCUCAGAAA